AGAGAGAAUACCGUUGGUGAAAAGGAGGGUUAUCCAAAGUUCCAAACCAACACCAACAAGCUCGAAGAUGGCGACCAUUAUUACAUCACUAUCUCUGUCCAUGCCAUUUCCAAAACUCUCUCAGCAUUUUCCUUCUUCUUCUUCUUCUUCUUCUCCUCUCAAAAUCCUCAUCCACAGACCCAAACCCUUCCGUUCCUUCACCGUCCAAGCCACUGAAUCGGAACCAACUCCCUCCGAUUCAUCAGACCAAUCCGAAUCCUCCGCACCGGCUUCCGACGAAGACUUCGACACUCGCAUGAACGAAUUCCGCCUCCGAUACCGGAGCGGGACGGGCAAGAAAGCGGAACAGCGAAAGGUGAAGAAAUCGAGGAAGGGAACGGCAUCGGCGUCGGGAUCGGGAGUGUACCUUCCGCCAGUGCCGCUGAAGGAGUCAGUGUCGGGCGGGUUAAAGGUGGACAUCGGGUUCAGUCCGUACAGCGAGCGGCUCAACGGUCGGAUUGCGAUCCUUGGCCUGACGGCGCUGUUGCUGGUGGAGCUAGCGACGGGGAAGGGUGUGAUCAACUACCACACGCCGGCGAUUGUGCUGAUUCAGAUGUACUUCGUGGCAGCAGUUUCAGCUCUGUAUGUGAAGUAUGAGAAGGAGAAGAUCAGUGUGUGGCCUCAAUCUUCACCAAGAAACUCAUGGAAAGUGGUACAAACUAGAAAGAAAGGCAACGAGAGUGAGCAAACAACAUGGUGGAGGCCGAAGGGGGUGAUGCAGAGUCAAUGCCGAGUGAAAGUCAAGGGAUGGGAAGCUGCUUGCUGGGUCAGCAUUAAGAAUGCUGAGGGAAGGGAAACUGCUUGUUGGCUCUAAGCUAAGGUCAAGGAAAGGGAGGUUGGGUUUGCUACACGCGUUUUAGAGCUUUAAAAAAAAAAAAAAAGGUAGCUCACCCAACCUGCCUGACCCGUGGGAUUGGAUGAAUUAAUCUAGGUUAACUCAAAUUGAUUAGUUCCCAAAAAAAUCUCCAAAUGAAACGGGACAAUUGGCUAGUUUACUAGUUUGACCUGUCAGUUCAAUCUAAUUUUACAAACCAUGCUUGGAACAAGUACAUUGCAUAAAAAAUGAAGGAAAAUUCUUGAUUACAA